AGCAGCUGGGAUGACACUCAGAAACAGGAGAAAUUGGCAAAAUAGUGAAGAUAUGUUGGUUUGACAGUAAUAAACUAUUAUAUAAAUUCCAGCUUAGGUGCUACAGAUAUAUGACUCAAAUAUAAAAAUACUUUGAAUUCCUCAAAAUGGGAGAGUUACGAAUUCAUUCAACGUUGAAUUUGGAAACCAUUCACGGAAAACGAGAAAUUCAACUUCUUUUCGGUGAUAUUUGUAAGCUCCCAAUAAAAGAUAAAGUUGAUGUUAUCGUUAUAUCUGCAUUCCCAGGUGAUUAUUCUCCCACACCUACAUCUGUAAUAGGAGCCCUGAGACAUAAUUUUGAUCUAAAUGUUAGGGAUCUUGCAAAAAACAAAGCUGAAGAUCUACGUCGUCACUUCCAUUGUUGGUGGUCUCAUCCAUUACCAGAAGCACUUCCAUACAGUCGUUUGCUAUGCUUCGAGAGCACAAUACGAGGCAGAAGUCAUCCUGCACAGCUGGUUGGGGACAUAUACCGGGCAAUGAUUCCUGCUUUCAUAGAUGAUGAGAAAACAGUAAUCACACCAUUGAUUGCCACUGGAGACCAGAACUUCUCCAAGAUACGUAUGAUGAAAGCAAUGGUAGAUGCAGCAGUUAACUGGAUAAAGUCAGGGCUGGCUCUUAAAUGUCUAAAGAUUGUACUGUACACCAGACGCCCUGAUAAAUUGACCAGUGAAGAAGUCUCUGUGGUAGAACUCUUUGCGAAGCUUAAGAAAAAUUAUGAAACAAAAAACUCUGUGUUAGCUGAACCAGCACUCAAAUAUGAUCUCUAUAUCUCUUACAAUGAAUUAGACAAAGCCAAGGUAAAGGAAAUAAUCUCCUUGCUGAAAGCCAGAAAUGAGAAGAUCAAGAUUUUUUCCAAACACCAGGGCAUAGUGGAAAAAGCUGCUUACCAAACAGAGAUGUAUCAAGUCAUGGUCACGUGUGCAAGAGUGAUGACAGUGUUAAGUCCAGUGUACCUUGAGUCUGAGGCAUGUAUUGAGCAGUAUAACUUAGCAUUAUGUUGUAACAGGCAGACCAAGAGAGACCUCUUGGCACCAUAUUACAUAGAAACUAUCUCUCCAAUGCCCACAUAUAUGUGUCUUGUACAGUACAUAGACUGCAGACUGAAGGAUGGAGUGAACACAAAGAUGUUGCGAGGUAUAGACACUUUCAUAGUGGACCUGGAACAAGUGAAGCAGAUGCAAAAAGAAAAGAAGAGUAAUGCUGCAAUAACUAACCAAUCAAAUUGCUACGAUGUCUUCAUUUCCUAUUCUCAUCGAAAUACAGAAAAAGCAACAAAAGUCCUCAAUCUGAUAGAAACAGUGGCCCCUGACGCAAAAAUAUUUUUUGACAGAAAUGAACUGAAGACAGGUGGUGCCUGGCAGCAGACACUUUAUGAGGGUAUAGACAAUACAAGCGUGGUUAUCACACUCCUAUCGCCUGAUUACAUUAAAUCAGCAGUGUGUCAAGAAGAGUACAAUUUGGCUCUCACUAAGUACCUGUCUGAGGAUUAUGAAACUGAACUUCUUCCCAUUGUGAUUGAACCUCUGGAUGAAGAGGCCCUGCCACGGCAUUUUAAAGAAGUUAAAGCAAUCGAUGCAACUCAACAAUUUGAUGAUGUCAUAAAGAACAUUUGUCACCCGUCUGUACAAAAUUACUUGAUGUCUAAGGUCAAAGAUGCCACUGUCUUCUGUGACACUGUAAAGUUACCAUACAUGAUAGAUGAGAUUCUAGAGAGUCAUAGACUAUACCAGUUCAAACAGAAGUACACUAUUCUAGAGAAUGACCAGAUUGAACCAGUUUCAUCUAGCCAGGACCAAGAAUCAACUAGUCAGAACUGCAACAUUCCAGAACAAACAGGAAAUAGUUCCAAUGCUGAUAUAGUGAUCUUACAAGCACAAGAUAAACAGGCAUGUGUCGAUGCUUUAGUCAUGCUGCUUCAGCGUGAAUCACCAACUCUAAAAAUAUCACAAAUGGAUUAUGGAAAUGACCACGAUGAAGUUUCGCUGCUAGCCUCAUUAGAUGAAGCCAAGAUGGUUGUAGCUCUGUUAUCUCAUAGUUUCAUUGUAACUGAACGUUGCGUCAUGGCAUUUAAUAUUGCCUUGUGUCGACACCGAAGUGAGAAAUCCAAAGUUUUGUACCCCAUACAAGUUGAUCCUCUUCCCCAGUGGCCGACAUAUUUUAGAAUGAUCCCGACAUUUAUUGCAUGUCAUGAUAUGCUCUGGGAGGACCUCAUUGUGAAAUUUGAUCGUACCUUGAAUUAUGGAGAGAAUGUGCUCAACAUAUUUCCAGGUUUGGAAGAGUGUGUCGCAAGAUUACCUGCUGUGUCGCUGAUUGACACAAUGUGGCUCAGUCUGGCAAUUGCAUCACAUGACAUCUUGGAGGAACUUAAAGCACAGUCAAAGGAGAGUCAAAAACGCAACACAAUCAUCAAUAACAUUGUGCAAGUCUAUCAGGAAUCCGACAGGGAAACAUUUGAGAUGAUGUAUCCAAAAAAGCAAUUUAUUGUCCAACUGAAGGUGCCUGUUCAAAUAAAAGAGCAAACUACAGAAACUGAACCACUUGGAUCUGGGAAGGUUGAGAACAACAUAACUACAUCUGAUGCUCCUAAAGACAAUGCUAAAGAUGAUAUUAAAGAAACAGUCAUGGUUCAGGAGCCUAACAAGCCAAAUAAUGGAGAUAUCCCUCAAGCUGCAGACGAUGAUGAAGGAAUCAAGGAUGUGAAUGAUCAUGAAAUAGGUGCUUAUGGUGAUGAAGCUGGCAAUACAGACAACAUUAAAACUGGAAAUGAGAAAUCUGAAAGGGCAAAGGGUAGAGCAAAAUCAUCAGCAUGCAAUGUAUUGUAGUUACUUCUCAGCUGAAGGUAUGCCAGGAGCAUAUAGGGCAAAGAUUGAACUUUUCGUGAGAUACAUGUGAAGUUUUUGCGAUGUGGUCUUUAUGUCACCACCACAAGUGAUGACAUAUUAAUAUAGUCUCUAACUUUAUUGUUGACGGUAUGAGGCGGUUGUGUCUGUAAAAAAUGGCAGGUAGUGACAUUUUGCAUGUUAAUGCUUUGUUUAAUCAAGUCUUAAUUACCCUUUG